UCUUCAGGCUGGUUGCGCAUGGCCGUCGACACGUUACCGACUGGAGUUAAACAGUUGACACGAGUUGAGCAAUCAGUUUUCACUCUGCUGAAGAAAUGGAUGUCAAGACACAAGAGGAGCAAAAUGAAAGUAUACGACAGAGAAUGUUGGACGUGAAGGAAAUGCGCGUGGGAGAAUGUCCGUCUGACUCACCGUGGAUUAGACCUACUCGGAUAUAUUAUCAACAUGAUGGUGUACAACGAGAUUGGGACGUGGUACGAGCACACGACGGAGUGAGUAUAAUCGUUUUCAAUACGACCAGGAAGAAGCUCGUACUCGUCAGGCAGUUCCGUCCUGCUUUCUUCUACACCUAUCUUCCUGAAAAACGUGGAUCAGUCGACCUCCAACGAUAUCCACCGACAUUAGGUGUGACCUUGGAACUGUGUGCCGGUAUUAUCGACAAGGACAAACCACUUGUCGAGAUCGCGAGAGACGAGCUCAAAGAAGAAUGUGGUUACGAUGCACCUGCAGAGGCCUUUAAAUUGAUCACUACCUUUAGAUAUACCUCUACUUCAGUUUGCAAGGAUACACUUUUCUAUGUAGAAGUUACGGAUGAAAUGCAUACUCUCCCAGGAGGAGGUUCUGCAUCUGAAGGAGAACUGAUAGAGGUGGUGGAACUGAGUGUCCCAGAAGUGAAAAAAUAUAUUGAUUCAGAAGAGGUACAAAGUCCUCCAAGUUUCCUGUAUGGUGUGACCUGGUUUCUAAUUAAUAAACCUGAACACUAUUCUUAACAUAUGCACCAUUCCCUUUAAAAUUUGUUCAAUAAAAGUAAUAUCAAUUGAACACAAAAUAAAAGGAUUAUCUUUUAA